AUGUUAACAGUGUCAGAAUCCAACAUAACUGAAAUACUGCUUGCAGAAAGUGAUGGCACUUACCCCGCAUUUUAUCUUCUGAAUAAUUUCAUUGUAAGAUCGAAAUUGUUUCAUUGGGACAUGGUACAAGUAUUUGAAGGCUCAGUGUCGGAAAUGAUUUCGAAAAGGGCUAUCUGCAGCCAUGUCAAAGGCACAGACUCAGUGAAUAUAGUGGGAUUACACCACUGCAGUUUCUUCUUGAAAGAGAUGUUGGUACCAUGGCAUCAUAAAUCAAGAUCCCGUGCAUCAAGAUCCCGUAGUUCACGAAAUGUUUUUGGUCCAUAG